CGUGAGGACAGUACGGUCUUCCCCGAAGGCCGUUCAUUUCUGGGCUUUUUGGGCUUAUCUGAGAAAUGAAGGAGAACGGAGAAACAACGGCAACUCUGGUUUUUGCUGUGAAUGGAGAGAGGUUUGAGCUCUCAAGUGUUGACCCAUCAACCACCGUGCUUGAGUUCUUGCGUGCUCAGACUCCGUUCAAGAGCGUCAAGCUCGGCUGUGGCGAAGGUGGUUGUGGUGCUUGUCUUGUUUUAAUAUCCAAAUACAAUCAUGUGCUCGAUCAAGUUGAGGAUUUCACAGCAAGUUCUUGUCUCACACUACUUUGCAGCAUACAUGGAUGCUCCAUAACUACAAGUGAAGGCCUUGGAAACAGUAAAGAUGGAUUCCAUCCAAUUCAAGAGAGAAUUGCAGGAUUCCAUGCUACUCAAUGCGGAUUUUGCACUCCUGGAAUGUGUGUAUCCCUUUUUGGAACUCUUGUUAAUGCUGAGAAAACCAAUCGUCCCAAGCCUCCUCCAGGUUUCUCGAAAGCCACAGCUGCUGAGGCUGAAAGGGCCAUUUGUGGGAACCUUUGUCGCUGUACUGGCUACCGACCGCUUUCUGACGCUUGCAAAAGUUUUGGUGCUGAUGUUGAUUUGGAGGACUUAGGGUUAAACUCUUUUUGGAGAAAAGGAGAAAGCGAUGAUGUAAAGAGAAGUAGGUUGCCUAAAUAUGAUGAUCAGCACAAGAAGACUAAAUUUCUAGAGUUUUUGAAGGAGAUCAAUCCUGAUGUGUUCACGGCUUCUGGAAAACAUAGUUGGCUCAGUCCUACUAGUCUAAAAGAGCUUCAAGGCCUAUUGGAAACAAACAAUAACGCUGGAACCAAGAUAAAGAUCGUUGUCAGUAAUACAGGAAUGGGUUAUUACAAAGAUGUAGAAAGCUAUGACAAGUACAUUAAUCUGAAGGGAAUUUCUGAGCUCUCAGAAAUAAAAAAAGAUGAGACAGGGAUUGAAAUUGGAACGACAGUGACUAUAUUUAAGGUUAUUGAAGCUUUAAAACCAAAGAGCGGAUGUGAGUUUCUCUCUGACUUUGAUAUGAUACUUGAAAAAAUUGCUAAUCAUAUGAGUAAAGUAGCCUCAGGGUUUAUAAGGAACACAGCCAGUAUAGGUGGCAAUCUGGUGAUGGCUCAGAAGUAUCAUUUUCCUUCAGAUAUAGCUACAAUACUUCUAGCCGUGGAUACAAUGGUUCAUAUAAUGAAUGGCACAAAUUUUGAAUGGCUUACAAUGCAAGAGUUUUUGGAAAGGCCACCAUUAUGUUUGGAAAGUGUGCUUUUACGCAUUAAAAUUCCUAGUUGGGAAUCCAAUAAAAGUGAUCCUGAAAAUCGCAAAAGGAAAAUUCUCUUUGAAACCUUUCGAGCUGCUCCUCGACCGCUUGGAAAUGCACUAGCUUAUAUAAAUGGAGCUUUGUUAGUUGAGGUUUCUCAAGGCAAAGAUACAAAAGGGACUUUGAUAGAUAAUUGCAGGCUUUCUUUUGGUGCUUACGGGACCAAACAUGCAAUAAGAGCAACAAAAGUUGAGGAGCUACUAGUAGGAAAGUUAUUAAGUGUUGGUGUCAUGCAUGAAGCUAUCAACAUGCUCCCAGCUAUUAUUGUACCUGAAGAAGGAACUUCAAGAAUUGCUUAUCGGUUAAGCUUGGCAGCUGGUUUUCUCUUUAAGUUCUUGAGCCCUUUGAUUGACCAUUGUGAUCAAAAUUUAAAUAAUUACUCAAAUACAUCUACUAGUUCGUCAUUCUUUAGGGCUUUAGGCAUAGAAGAGAAUAUUGGGCAAGUCCAUCAUGAUAAAGGUUCUACUUUCCUGUCAUCCGGAAAGCAAGAUAUUCAAGUAGAUGAUGAGUACCAACCCAUUGGUGAGCCAAUAAAAAAGGCAGGGGCCGUCAUACAAGCUUCAGGCGAGGCUGUGUAUGUGGAUGACAUUCCUUCACCAACAAAUACCCUACAUGGAGCAUAUAUUUAUAGUACAAAACCUCUAGCAAGGGUAAAGAGUAUAAAGCUACAAAAGCUAGAUGGAGUGAGGGCAAUCAUUUCAAGUAAAGACAUCCCUGAUGGUGGGGAAAAUGUUGGGUCUGUUUCUACAUUUGGUGUUGAUCCCUUAUUUGCAGAUGAGAUUGCUAGAUGUAUUGGUGAUCAUAUUGCUUUUGUGGUUGCAGAUACUCAGAAACUUGCAGAUGUGGCUGCAAACUCUGCCAUUGUUGAGUAUGAUUGUGAGAAUCUUGAAAAACCUAUUCUAUCUGUUGAAGAGGCUGUUCAAAGAUCUAGUCUUUUUCAAGUUCCUCCUACGUACCAACCACAAGAAGUUGGUGAUAUAACAAAAGGAAUGGCUGAAGCAGAUCAUAAGAUUCUUUUUGUUGAGAUCAAAAUUGUGUCACAAUACUUCUUCUAUAUGGAGACACAAGCUGCACUUGCUGUACCAGAUGAAGACAAUAGCUUGACGGUGUACACUUCAAAUCAAGGGCCAGAGAGUGCACAUACCACUAUUGCAAGAUGCUUAAAUAUUCCUGAGAAUAAUGUUCGUGCAAUCACAAGAAGGGCAGGUGGUGGUUUUGGUGGAAAGUUCACAAAAGCUAAUCCUGUUGCUACAUCAUGCGCACUUGCAGCACACAAAUUACGCUGCCCUGUCAGGACAUAUAUGAAUCGUAAGACAGAUAUGAUAACGGCGGGAGGAAGGCAUCCUAUGAAGAUAACCUAUAAUGUGGGAUUUAAGAGUAAUGGGAAGAUUACUGCUUUAGAACUUGAGAUAUUGAUAGAUGCAGGAAUAUAUGAGGAUGUAUCUAUAGUAAUGCCAAAUUAUGUAAUUGGUGCACUUAAGAAAUAUGACUGGGGUGUUCUAUCUUUUGAUGUGAAAUUAUGCAAAACUAAUCUUCCUAGUAGAACUUCAAUGAGAGCCCCUGGGAAUCUUCAGGGAUCAUAUAUUGCUGAAGCUAUAAUAGAACAUGUGGCAUCUACACUUUCAAUAGAUGUAGAUUCUGUGAGAAGCAUUAAUCUCCACACAUACCAAAGUCUCUGCACUUUUUACCCGAGUUCUGCAGGUCAGCCUACUGAGUAUACCCUAGUUUCUAUAUGGGAUAAGUUAGCUAUUUCUGCAAGGUAUGACCAGAGGAGAGAAAUGGUGGAAGACUUUAAUAGGAACAACAUCUGGAAAAAAAGAGGUAUAUCUCGUGUGCCUGUUGUGUUUGAAGUAACUAUGAGCCAAUCACCAGCAAGAACAAGUAUUUUAAAGGAUGGGUCCGUUGUUGUUGAAGUUGGAGGGAUUGAAAUUGGUCAAGGUCUCUGGACCAAGGCGAAGCAAAUGGCUGCAUAUGCACUUAGUUUAAUACAAUGUGAUGGAUCUCAAGACCUAUUAGAUAAAGUACGUGUCAUACAAUCUGAUACGUUGAGCAUGAUUCAAGGAGGGACCACUUAUGGUAGUACUACAUCUGAGUCAAGCUGUGAAGCAGUUAGGCUUAGCUGCAAUGUCUUGGUUGAGAGGCUAAAGCCAUUCAAGGAAAAGUUGCAAAAGGAUAUGGGUUCUGUCGAUUGGAACACACUUAUUUCUCAGGCACACUUACAAAGUGUGAACUUAUCAGCAACUUCAUUUUAUAAUCCUAACAGUGCAACCAGCACGUACCUCAAUUAUGGUGUUGCAGUGGGUGAGGUGGAAGUAGAUCUUCUCACAGGAGAAACCACUAUUAUGCAAACAGAUAUUAUCUAUGAUUGUGGAAAGAGUCUCAACCCUGCUGUAGAUUUGGGACAGAUUGAAGGAGCAUUUGUGCAAGGGUUAGGGUUUUUCAUGUUUGAAGAAUACGAAAUAAAUCAUGAAGGAUUAGUGUUAGUAGAUGGAACAUGGAAUUACAAAAUCCCCACAUUGGACACAAUAACUAAACAGUUCAAUGUUGAAAUUCUCAACAGUGGACAUCACAAGUAUCGUGUUCUGUCUUCUAAAGCUUCCGGUGAGCCACCACUACUUUUAGCAGCUGUGGUUCAUUGCGCAACAAGAGCAGCAAUCAAAGAAGCCAGAAGACAACUUGCUUCAUGGAGCAACUCAGAUGAACUUGACAAACCAUUCCAAUUGGAUGCGCCAGCAACUAUGCCUGUGGUAAAGGAACUCUGUGGAUUGGACAUUGUGGAAAGAUACUUGAAAUGGAAGAUGGGCAAAAUAUGAAAGGAGUUUAAUAUCUUGGAAAUAAAUUGCUGUGUGUGUUUCAUGUUUGGAUGCUUAAGAAAUAUGUACUAGUUUGUCAAAAUGUUGUGUUUAACAGUUCUAUCUUCUUAUGAACUAUAUUUUCAAGAUGAUUUCAUUUGUAUCUUAGGUCAUAUAGAAGCACUAUGUGAGAUGUAUUUGGAAAACUCUCUUUUUUUCAGCUGUUUCUUGUGUAGUAAAUGAAAUUUGAA